AUGAUUUUUUAUAGGUUUAAUUAUAAUAAAAUUUUAUUAUUUGGAGAUUUUAUCGAAAAUCAUACUCUUUAUGAAGAAAGUUCAACUUUAUUACGAAAUUUAGGACAGGUUCUUCCUUCUAGGUUAGAAUAUUUAUGUUUAGCUCUUUCUUUUAUUAAAAGUGAUCUAGAAAUAUUUUUAAAAAAUUCACAAAAUACUUUUAUCAAAAAAUUAUUAAUUAAUAAUGUAUUCCUGCAUACAUCAUCCCCGAGAAGUGAAGAUACAAAAUCGGAUUCUAAUGGUGGUAUACAACCUGUCGAAUUAUUUUUUUUAAUAGAUGAAGAACCUAAUCUCUUAUUACAAAGGAAAAAUAAGCAAGAAAUUUUUUUGGGUAAGGAUAACUUUGAGACCUAUGGAGUAGAGGUUAUAGAAGAAGCGUUAAAGGCCAACGAAUUUAAUUUUGAUGAAGAUUCAUAUAAAAUUAAGAAUUUGUUAAAAGAAUUGCCAACUUAUGGAGUUUUAUAUAAAAGAGAAGUGAAUGAAAUAUGUGAAAGAAACGAAGCUAAUUUAGAAGAAAUUCUAUAUGAAGCAAUAAAUGAGUACGAAGAAAUAUUAAUAUCAAAAGAUAAAAUAGAUGAAAUUGAAUUAUUUCGAGAUAUUAAUAUUAGCUUUAAAUGA